CCCGGAAGUCUGCGCGGCCGUUCCCGCCCUACCCCGGCCCUAACGGACCUGGUCCCUCGGCGACGGUGCAGGUGCUGACAUCCGGGGAACGUCCAGCCCCGCGCCCGCUCCCGCCCGUCUGCGCAGGUGGCUGCCUGUCUUCCCGGGACGCUUGGCCGCCGAGGGCUGAACACACCCGGCCAGCCGUGUGUGUGCACGGCCAGUCCAGACACUUCCAGGAUGUACAUGCAGGUGGAGACCCGAACCAGCUCCUGCCUGCAUCUGAAGAGGGCUCCAGGCAUCCGGUCGUGGUCCCUGCUGGUUGGAAUCCUGUCGACUGGGCUGGCUGCUGCCUACUACAGUGGAGAUAGUCUGGGCUGGAAGCUCUUCUAUGUCACAGGCUGCCUGUUCGUGGCUGUGCAGAAUCUGGAGGACUGGGAGGAAGCCAUCUUCAACAAAAGCACUGGGAAGGUCAUUUUGAAAACAUUCAGCCUCUACAGAAAGCUGCUGACCCUUCGCAGAGCAGGCCAUGAUGAAGUGGUGGUCCCGCUGAAUGACAUCCGGGAUGUGAAUGUGGAGGAAGAGAAGGUCCGGUACUUUGGGAAGGGCUACACGGUGGUGCUGCGGUUCUCGACAGGCUUCUCCCACCCCCUCACCCAGAGUGCAGUCAUGGGGCACCGCAGUGACGUGGAAGCCAUCGCCAAGCUCAUCACCAGCUUCCUGGAGCUGCACCGCCUGGAGAGUCCCUCAGAGCGGUCUCAGAGCAGUGACAGCGAGGCUGACAUUCCUGGCAGCCAGAGCUGACAGUCCUGAGUGGCCGUGGGUAGAUGCCACCCACACGUCCUCGGCCCUGGCUCCCAACAGUGCCUUAACUGAGCAGCCAGUAACAAGGUUCUGGGCAGGUCUUGGGCGCCUGCAACUCCCACAUCAAUGAGGGUGGACCGCCUGCCUCUACGUGUUCACACUCCUGCCUCCAUUCUGCCCAGAGCUGAGCUUUGUGGCUCAGGGGGCACACAGGAUGCUUCAUCCAAGGGGCACAGAAAACACCACCUUUCCCAGAAUCAGACAGCGGCCCUGGCCUGGGCAGUGGGAUGUGGGCAUGAUGGACAGCAUGGCUUAGCUCAUCCUAUGGCCUCUGAAACAAAAGGAUGCCAGGCUUUCCCAGCCGGGCUCCUCACAUGGCAUUCCAUUCCUAAUAUGAUGCUUGUGUUCCUGCAGGGAGGGCCAGGCUCCUCUGGGUACCAAGCCAACAUGCUGUACUUAGAAACUUUGGCCUGUCCUGCCCUUCCUGAUUGGACAUCUUCAGUGGUUAGGGGCUUCCCUGAGGGUGGACCUGACCCUGGGCAAGAUGCCUGGGCACGUGGGCUGUGCGGGAUGUGGCACUCAGGCCGCCCCACCCUGAGGACCUGGCUCCCUUGCUGAUGCCAGGGAAAUAAACUUACCAGCUGCCUUCCCAGAUGCUUGUCUCAGUCCAGGACACUGUGGCAUGGCUACAGGCCACAGAAGGGCCAUCUCCCUCCCUGGCUGGGGCAGAGGAGAAGUCACUCCUUUUAGCAUCUUGUGGCAUGUGAAGACCAGGAGCUUUUCUGCAGAGACCCUGCUCCAUCCACCUGAGCUCUGGAACUUGCAGGAGCAUAUUCAGCUCCUGGCUGCAGCCAAUGGUCACAGAAGCUGGGAGCCACCCCACCCUGAGUGCCCAGCCUGGCCCCAUGCCUGAGAGCUGUGGACUUCUGGCCCCUGGUCAGCACCCACAAGGCUGUGCACAUAGGUACAGGUGGGAAGAACUGGGAAGCCACAGUGUCACCCAGACAGGUCUGAGGCCACUGCACCCUGGGCUGGACAGGAUGCUUAGUCCUGAGUUGGGAAACAAUGGUACUUUAAAUAUAUAGCCAGGGCUGGGGAUUUGACUCUGGUUCUGCCACCUGUCUUGCAAGGACAAGGGCCCAAGUUCGAUCCCCGGUACCAAAAAUAAACACAGCCACUGUUGGUUUAAAUGGCUGAAUCUGGGAUGUUUUUCUUUCCUAAAAAGAACAGUGAAAUAUAGCAAUUGGUUUCUAGCCCAUCAGCCUGUGGGCUAGAUAUUGGGGAUUACACCAAGUGUCUUACAAAUGCUGGGCAAUUGUGUUUUACCAGUGAGGCAUAUCCCUAGACACGUUUUCAGUUUUGAGACAUGGUCUUGCUGAGAUGCCCAGCCUGGCCUUGAAUUUCUGAUCUUUCUGCCUCAGCCUCCUGGGUAACUAGCACUACAGGUGUGCACCACCACAUCCAGCCUCUGCAUGCUCAGAUGCUUCAGGAGGGAGGAGCAGCUGCUCGCGAGCCCAGCCCCUGGGUACAGGGUGCAUUUGUGGCCCUCCCUCUAGGGCCCAUGAGGCUGACCUCGUUCCUGAGCCGGGGAGAGAAGCCCAUUGCAAACCAGGGUGCCAUCGAAGAAUCUCACUCAAGGU